AUGAGUAAACGUAAUUAUGAGAAUCAUGAAAAACACAGUUCCUCCCGCAAACAUCGGCGACGUAGCCGCUCGCGUUCACAUGAUAAAAAUAAAGAACUACGCAUACAAAUGAAGCCUUUGAUGCUUUCUUCAGAUAAUGAAAUAACUCGACAAAAUGAAAUAAGUUACAUCGAAGGCUCAAGUUUCACACAGAAAAGCUUCUCCUCUUCGCGUAAACAAGACACACUAAUCAAUCCGGAUUCACAUUCUCGAUCAACAGGAGUUAAUUCAGGACACUACUCUUCAAUGCUGUUGGAAAGAGCACAUGAAGCAGCUAUUUUUGGUCAUUCUUCUGUCCCAUUACCUUCCAUUCUCGGUACAGAUCCAGCUGAAGGCAAAGAUAAACUAGUUUCUUCUGUGGAUACAGUGAAGCAACUACUUCAUCAUUCGCUGGAUAAAUCAGAUUCAUCUGUAUGGGAUGCGUGGUUAGUGAAACUUGCUGAAUUUAAAGCACAUCGAUCAAAUAAAAUUUCAUCUACUAUAAAUACAAAUCAAAAAAAGAGAAUUAAUGGAAUUGGAUAG